CAAUGGACACAAAGUGACGACAUUCUAGGCCUGUAGCCCACAGCUCAAGCAAGCGUAGACGUUAAGUUCUCACACGUCACACCAUUCGGCGAAACGAUGUUCUCAUAUACUGCCCACUCUCACGCAAUCCUCAAACUCAAACUUCCUCGUUUUAUUCUCAACCCACCUAUUACGAGCAGUCUCCUAAAUUGCUCAUUCGUUGUUAUAAGCCCCUCUUUCCGUCUUCGAUACGUUUCCACUACUAAACCGCCUUCGAAGCUAUUUAAACCGGUUUUUCCUUCUUCUCUCCGAACAUUCCCGUUCUCAUCCUCGAAUCACCGUAGAAUGGGAUCUCUCCGUGCCCUAGACCUACCAUUCCAAUAUCCUAUCGCUCGCAGGGACGAGUCCGUUGUCGAUGAUUAUCAUGGCGUCAAGAUUGCUGAUCCAUACAGAUGGCUUGAAGAUCCUGAUGCUGAAGAAACGAGAGAGUUUGUACAGAAGCAGGUGGAAUUGACACAAUCGGUUCUUCAGAAAUGCGAUACGAGAGAGAAGCUUCGGGGGAAAAUCACGAAGCUCUUUGAUCACCCGCGAUAUGAUACGCCGUUUAGGAGGGGCCAUAAGUACUUCUACUUCCAUAACACUGGUCUUCAAGCCCAAAAUGUCCUUUAUGUGCAGGAUGGUUUGGAUGGAGAACCAGAGGUUUUGCUUGAUCCCAAUUCACUUAGUGAAGACGGGACUGUCUCUUUGAAUACACUUUCAGUUAGCGAGGAUGCCAAGUACUUGGCGUAUGGGCUCAGUACAAGUGGCAGCGAUUGGGUAACAAUAAAAGUUAUGCGUGUCGAGGAUAAGAGGGUCGAGCCUGAUACAUUAUCUUGGGUCAAGUUUUCUGGUAUUAGCUGGACCCAUGAUGGCAAAGGUUUCUUUUACAGCCGCUAUCCUGCUCCAAAAGAAGGAGGUAAUAUAGAUGCUGGGACGGAGACCAAUGCGAAUCUUUAUCAUGAGGUCUACUACCAUUUCUUGGGUACAGAUCAAUCUGAAGAUAUUUUAUGCUGGAGGGAUCCUGAAAACCCUAAAUACUUGUUUGGAACAGGAGUUACAGAUGAUGGCAAGUUUAUUUAUCUGUAUAUUGAUGAGGGCUGCGACCCAGUCAACAAAUUUUAUUACUUUGACUUGUCUGCACUUCCUAAUGGACUUGAAGGUUUUAAGGAGAAAAAUAGUCUCCUCCCUUUUAUUAAGGUUGUUGAUGAAUUUGAUGCACAGUAUCAAGUCAUUGCAAAUGAUGACACAUUAUUUACAUUUUUGACAAAUAAAAAUGCACCAAAAUAUAAGUUAGUCCGAGUAGAUCUGAAGGAACCGACUAUUUGGACUGAUGUACUACAAGAAUCUGAAACAGAUGUACUUGAAUCAGCAUGUGCUGUGAACGGUAACCAAAUGAUCGUGAGUUAUUUGAGUGAUGUGAAGUAUGUUCUUCAAAUAAGGGACUUGCAAUCAGGUUCCUUGCUUCAUCAAUUACCUAUUGACAUUGGCUCAGUUACUGGGAUUUCUGCAAGACGGGAAGAUAGUACAGUCUUUAUUGGGUUUACAAGUUUUCUUACCCCCGGAAUAAUUUUUAAGUGCAAUUUAAGAACUGAACUUCCAGAUAUGAAGAUAUUUCGUGAAAUUACUGUUCCUGGGUUUGAACGCUCAGAGUUUCAUGUUGAUCAGGUUUUUGUUCCCAGCAAAGAUGGUACCAAGAUUCCUAUGUUCAUUGUAGCCAAAAAGAAUAUUCUCCUGGAUGGAUCACACCCUUGUUUGUUAUAUGCAUAUGGUGGAUUUAACAUUAGUCUCACUCCAUCAUUUAGUGUUAGUCGCAUUGUGCUCACAAGGCAUUUAGGUGCUGUUUUCUGCAUAGCAAACAUUCGUGGUGGUGGAGAGUAUGGCGAGGAAUGGCAUAAAGCAGGCUCACUUGCGAAAAAGCAGAAUUGCUUUGAUGAUUUCAUUUCCACUGCUGAAUACCUAGUAUUUGCCGGUUAUACCCAGCCCAAAAAGCUGUGCAUUGAAGGUGGGAGUAAUGGUGGGCUUCUUAUCGGGGCCUGCAUAAAUCAGAGACCUGAUCUCUUUGGUUGUGCCUUGGCACAUGUUGGUGUAAUGGACAUGCUUCGAUUCCAUAAAUUUACCAUAGGUCAUGCAUGGACUUCAGAUUACGGCUGUUCUGACAAGGAGGAAGAGUUUCAUUGGCUUAUUAAGUACUCACCUCUACACAAUGUCAGGAGACCCUGGGAACAGCAUCCUGAUCAAGAUUCUCAAUACCCAUCGACCAUGCUCUUGACUGCUGAUCAUGAUGAUCGGGUUGUACCAUUACACUCGUUGAAGUUGUUGGCGACUAUGCAAUAUGUUUUGUGCACGAGCUUGGAAGAAAGCCCACAGACCAAUCCAAUUAUUGGUCGCAUUGAGUGCAAGGCGGGACAUGGAGGUGGACGUCCAACUCAGAAAAUGAUCGAUGAAGCUGCUGAUCGGUAUGGUUUCAUGGCUACGGUGUUGGGUGCAUCAUGGGUGGGGUAGAAUAUUAUUUGCGCCUUCAUUGUAUCAAAAGAACUCUUACAACUAAGCAAUUAAAAAUGCCCAAUCCAAAAUAUUAGGGCCAGUUCAGAUCCAUUGUUUUAAAACUUGGGUUUAUAUGGGCAUAAGUCUGCCAAUCUGACCAGCCCAAUCCAGAAUGCCAGGUCUUUAAGGCCAGAGCUCCUCUAUCAUCUUUUCUCUUUUUUAUUUCUAAUUAUCUAUUCAAAUAUAUAAAAUGGUAUUUUGUUCUGCA